AUGAGGGAUCUUCAGCUUUUUGGUUGUGGAAGACUUGAGAAUUUCAUAAACAUUGUGCACGAGAUUGAGUCCAUUAAAACGUUGAACUUAAGUUACAGUGGCAUAAAAGAACUGCACUCCUGGAUUGGAUGUUGCACUUCCUUGGAAUUUUUGUAUUUGCAUAAUACUCCGAUCAAACAACUGCCUUCAACAAUUGGAAAUCUUACUUCUUUGACACUACUGCGGCUGUCUGGAACUCUCCUUAAAGAAUUGCCUUCAUCGAUUGGAUGUCUUACUUCUUUGACAAUACUGGAGCUGUCUGGAACUCUCCUUAAAGAAUUGCCCCCAUCAAUUGGGAAUCUCAGUUCUUUAAGAAAAUUGCACCUGUCUAAAACUCUCCUUAAGGAAUUGCCCCCAUCAUUUGCUAAUCUCACUUCUUUAAGAGAACUGGACCUGUCUGAAACUCUCAUCAAAGAACUGCCUUCAUCAAUCGGGUGUCUCACUUCCUUAGGAGAAUUGCACCUGUCUAAAACUCUCCUUAAGGAAUUGCCCCCAUCAAUUGGGAAUCUCACUUCUUUAAGAGAAUUGCACCUGUCUAACACUCUCCUUAAGGAAUUGCCCCCAUCAAUUGCGAAUCUCACUUCUUUAAGAAAAUUGCACCUGUCUAAAACUCUCCUUAAGGAAUUGCCUUCAUCAAUUGGAAAUCUCAUUGGCCUCGUAAGUUUAACACUAAGAGGAUGUGCAAACCUUACAAAUGUGUCACACAGUGUCUAUGGAGGGCUGCAACAUCUAGAAGGCCUAGACCUCUCUUGGUGCCCAAAACUGGUUACAUUUCCAAGUAGGGCAAGCGGUUUGGUUUCCUCAAGUUCAGAAUCUCUUCUUCUGAUGCUUCCAACUGAUUCAAACAAGGGGCAUGAUCAUCCUGGUUCACUAUUGUUUCCCCGGCUACGGGAUAUUAGUUUUGAAGGAUGCGAAUUAUCAGUGGUGUCUGAUUUUCUAACAAAUCUGGAUUGCAAGUCCACAUUAGGGAGGCUUAAUCUAUCAGGAAGCAGUUUCGAUAGUCUUCCGGCAUGCAUCGGCAAAUUUCUCAAUCUGCAAGUUCUUGAUUUGGGUGGUUGCAAGAGGCUUCGAGACAUUUCUGAACUUCCUCCAAAUUUAGUACAUAUAGAGCUGGAUGAUUGCGUAUUGUUGGAAAGAUUUUCGAAAUUGUCAGACAUACUGGAACAGAAAGACACUCCGGGACUUCUUCACUUUAUGAAAUUGUCUAAUUGCAAUAGAUUGAUGGAUAAUCUUGGCAUAGACUUGGUGUCGAAGAUGGCAAAAGCAUUACCUUAUCAGAUGGUGCAGGCCGGCUUAGAUCAGCAUGUCUUGUCCUGGAAUCUUAUGCUUCCAAGUCUCCUGGAAAUUGAAGUUCCAAAGUGGUUUGAUAGCGGUGAGGUGGAUGCAAGUGUGCUUCCCGGUCAUGAAAAUAUGUGUGAAAUUUUGAUAAGAAUCCCUAGGAAUCUGAAGGUUGAGAAAAUAGGAUUGGUUGUCUGUGUUGUUUUUGAAAUUACAGAAGAUCAUUUUGACGACUAUUAUUUUGUGACGGUUGUGAUUGAUAAAAAACGGUAUUUCAGUAAGCACUGCCAUUUUGAAGCAAAAGCAACAGAGCCAUCCGCUCAUGAUCAUGUAUUAGUGUGUCUGAUAUGUAUUGCUUUCAAGGAGCUAGAGUUGGUGGAUCGUGUGGUUCGAGUUAUGUAUCGUCGUCACUAUGACGGGUUGCUCCUAAAAAGUUUCGGGGUCCACCUGGCUAAUAUGCAAGAGAAUGAUGGUGAUCAUGUAAGUGGUGAAAUACUUGGCACAAGAAAGAUAUAGGGAUGGCAAUGCUAGCAUUUCUGAUUUUGAAAACAUAGAAGGGGCAGCUGUGGCAUCAUUAGUAUCAGAUGACAGCUUUACCGGGGAAGUACACGAUGAUGAAGGGGAACCAGAACGGGAACUUCAUCGUCCAACAAAAAGAUUCAGGUGGCAAUAAUGCUAUGAUCAUCCGUGACGGGGAUGAUUAAUAGUUGGAUUCCAGUCGAUCUCGAAAUACGACAGUGAUGGCCAACGGCAGAGGCACCAAUCUGGAUUUAUGUCAUGGUCAACUCGAUCGCGAUCUUUCAACACGAACGAUGCUGCUGGGUUUAUAAAGUAAUAUCAGAUGAACCACCUUUUGGGAAUGGUGAUUUUGGGGGAGGAAUUGAUAUUAGCAUGUUCGGGUUUGAGUAUGAUGGGGAGGAGGGUGAGGAGAAUUUUAAUGGGGAUAUUAGGGUGAGGGAGGAUG